AUGCCAUUGAUUCAUGCUCAGCCUGCUAGACCAACAUGGCUUCUUCCAUCCAGACCUCAAGUUCAAGUUGAAAAGGUCAUUAGGAUGCUUGAAGAAGCCUGGAAUCAAUCCUAUGAAACUGACUGGGAUGUCCAAGAUUAUGUGGCCGAGUUAUCACUGAGGCAGAGUGGAAGCAAUGGGGAUUUGGAAAACAGACUCCUUACAAGAUUCCCACUGAUCUACCAAUCAACAUCGCCGGUCGACAUCCCUUACCUCAAUAAACCUUGCCACAUAACUGACAAGGCCAGCCACAUUCUUCUGUGGUACUUCCCAAAGUUAAUCUCAGAAGAUCUUCAGCAACUGAUUUGGACCCAGACGGAGAAUCUAAGACCCAAAAAGAAAAGUAAUGGGAGUUGGCGGGAUCAGAUCCACCCCAACCAUGGUGGCAAAACAACUGGCAUAGUAAAUUUAUCACCUGGCUGGUUCUCCCAAGGACAUGAAGGUCCUGCCGAUCCACUUCAUCCUUCCUCCGAUAUCCAACAGGCCAGUAACCUCAUCUAUCUUGAAACACUCUCCUUCAUCAAUGCUGUUAUCUCUGCCAUAUACUCCAUCAUUCAACCUGACCUAUGUGAGUCAGGAUUUGCGGUCUUUGACCAGCUCGCCGAGGACGGUCAGCAAGAUGAAGCUACCAGCAUGGCUCUGGGAGUGUGGGGUACACCUUUCACCGGCCUUUCAGUCAUCAUAAACAGAGAGACAAUUACCCACCGAGAUGUAAAGGGCUACAGGGAGUCUUUCGACAUGUUGUUGACAAUCGGUCGGUAUGACCAAGGUCAGUUUUACAUGUCCGGGCUCGGAUUCAGCCUCCUUUAUGACCCAAGAACUCUUGUGGGCCUGGCUGGCAACGUCUUACCACAUGGUGUUUGUCCCGUUGUCAGUGAACGCGCCUGUUUGGCUCACUUCUGGCAUAAAAAGGUUGGGGAGAGGCUUGGCGUCAUGCCACCUCAAUGGCAAACUAUAGAAAAGCUGACUCAUACAAUACUGGCUAUGUAA